AUGUUUAUACAAAUUGUUAUAUGCCCUCGUUUCUUCAACAACCCCGUAAACAGCAGGGAAAUUACUGCCGGUAACCAAGAUACAGUUAUAUUACAUGAAAUGGUGCAUAUAAUUUUAAAAGAGUGGAAAGAUUAUGGUUACGAAUGGGAUGGGAUUCACAAAAAGUAUUAA